UAUCUCUCUCUCUAUAGCCUCACCACAUUCUCUCUCUCUCUCUCUUUCCCUUUUUCACAGCCAUUUGUUAGAUUCCUCUCUCUCUCUCUCUCUCUAUUGGAUUGUAUCAUAGAGACUGAUUAGCUCAAGCAACCCAAACCAGAAUUCUCCUCCUCUUCCGUUUAUUUCAAUUUUCUGGGCUGUUCUUGUUUUCCUCCGUCUUUUCUCGAAUUUUCUCAGAAGAAGAAGGUUCUUCACUUGUUCUGGGUUUUAUUGAAGAAAAGACUUUUCUGGGUUCUUUUCUUCGCAGUGAAGCUUCUCAAUAUCCAGUUUUUGCAUUUUGUUGUAAAGCUCAAUCAUAAAGAAUAGCUUUAAUCUUUUAAGUAACUUGUCAGAGUUUCUGUUCUUGUGAAAUUAUAUUAAUAACUUUUGAAAGAAUAAGAAAAAGAAGAAAAAGAUGGGGAAGCAAGGGCCUUGCUGUCACUGUAGAGUUACAAGCACACCUCUAUGGAGAAACGGUCCACCAGAGAAGCCAGUAUUGUGCAAUGCUUGUGGUUCCAGAUGGAGAACGAAAGGAACACUAGUAAACUACACCCCUCUUCAUUCUCGUUCUGAAGGUGAUCAGAUUGAGAUUGAAGAUCACAGAGUUCAAAAGACGAUGAUGAUUAAUAAAAUGUCCAUGAACAAAAAGAUCCUCAAGAGGAAGUCAUCACACCAAGAAAACUUCACAGUCAAGAGAACCAGCUUUGAACUCAACAACGGUUUCAAAAACGAAGAAGCUAGCAACAGGUCGAGUUCCGGAUCGGUUGUAUCCAACUCGGAGAGCUGCGAUCAAUCCAACGCAUGGGAAACGACUUUUCCUUGCAAGAAGAGGACAUGUGUUGUGGUGGGGCGUCCUAAGGCAGCUUCUUCCGUUGAGAAGCUCACAAAGGAUCUCUUUAGUAUCUUGCAAGAACAGCAGCAAUCUUCUUGUCUCUCUGGUUGUUCAGAGGUAGACCUGCUUUUUGAGAACGAGUCACCGAUGGUGAUUGGACAUGGGAGUGUUCUUAUGAGAGAUGAGGAGUCUGAAGCUAGCUCACUCUUGGUUGAGAGCAGAAAGUCUGUAUCGGUACGUUCUGUUGAAUUUGAGGUUAAUAGAGUCCAGAGAUCUCUAAACCUUGGUGGGAAUGAUAUAAAGCAGGAGCAACACAAGACCAAACCUCAAGUCUUGGGAAGACCUAGUUUACCACUUUGUAACAUAGAUUUGAAGGAUAUUUUCAACUUUGAUGAGUUCAUGAAGAAGUUCACAGAGGAAGAACAGCAAAAACUGAUGAAACUACUUCCUGGAGUUGACUCUGUUGAUCUUCCUGAUAGCCUGAGAAGCAUGUUUGAGUCUUCUCAGUUCAAAGACAACUUCUCCUUGUUUCAGCAACUUGUGGCAGAUGGUGUUUUUGAGACAUUAUCAUCUUCCUCUAAACCUGAAGAGUUUAAGAGACUUGCAAAGCUUGCUUUAUCAGAUCCUAACAAAUCCCAUUUGUUGGAAAGUUAUUGCAUGCUCAAGGAACAGAGAAAAGGGAGCGAAGACUCUGUUACCACAAGUGAAAGACCUUCUGAAAGCUUAAGCCAAAACUUUUCAGAGACAAGGGGUGUGAUGAAGAGCCCCAAAGAAGUGAUGAAGAUGAGAUCAAAGCACAAUGGAACCGAAGAGAUUGUAGAGAACAGUGUCUCUUCCUUUAAUAACCAUAUGCGCUACGGUGGACCUAUGGUGUUUAGCUCUGAAGAUAAUGAUAUUUGUGAUGAGGAGGAUGUUCUUGUUGAUGUGCCGUCUAAUGGAUCAUUCCCUCAAGCAGAGCUUCUUCACAUGAUAUGAAAUAAACAGAAAAGUUUCUCAGACUCUUUGGUGUGUGUUUCUCAGAAGAAAAACUUAAAAAAAAAAAAAAAUACAUUUUUAAGAUCUCUCUAUCAUAACUCUAAUGAUUGAAGAGAAAACUUAAUUACUCUUUAGGUUUUUUUUUUCUGAGAAAAUGUGGCCAAAUGAGAUUAUUUUCUGCAUUAGAAAUUAUUUUCUGCAUUAGAAAUUGCAAUCUGCAGAUAUUUAAAACAGAAGAACUUUUUAUGAAAUGGUUCUCUACUUCUCUUUUGUGGUCUUGUUCAGACAUACACUGUCUUCUUGUUCUUACGAUACUCGACGAACAAGAAAGUUUCUUUUCUUUGUAAAAAUUAAUUUAAUUUUCAU